AGUCGAGCGUCGACGGCGACACGCGUCACCGCGGGGGAAAGCCAUCGGCGCGGCGGGCGUUUGUGUUGGCCGGACGUUCCGCCGCCGGCCGCUGUGACAGUGACGCAGACGCCGCCCAUACGGAGGUGGCGGGCCGGGGCCGAGUGACGCGGCGGCCCGGCCAUGGCCUGUGUGCUGGUGCUCAGCGCGCUGGUCCUUCUCGGCGUCCGAGAUGGGGUCGGCUCGACCGAGUGCCGUCGGGAGAGGCUGCCCAGUAGCGCGCUCUACACGGGCCCCUACUUCGACGCGACGAUGCCGACCAAUGUGACGGCCCAGCUGGGCACCCACGCCUUCCUGCCGUGCAUCAUCCAGCAGCUGGACGACAAGUCGGUGUCCUGGGUCCGUAACCGGGACUCCCACAUCCUCACCGUGGACCGGUACACGUUCAUCGCCGACGAGCGCUUCCAGUGCUUCCACGUGGACAACUCGGAGACGUGGACGCUGCAGAUCAAAUACGUGCAGACACGCGACGCCGGCCUCUACGAGUGUCAGAUCAGCACCGAACCCAAGAUCUGCCACAUCGUCACACUGAACGUCAUAGUGCCACGCGUGGCGAUCGUCGGCGGCGAGCGCGAUCUGCACGUGAACGCCGGCAGCACGGUAACCAUCCAGUGCGUGAUCUCGCGCAGCAUCGAGCAGCCGGCGUUCGUGUUCUGGCACCACGACGGGCGUCUGGUGAUGUCGCCGGCCGGCGGCCGCCACCGGACCGCCGUCGAGCGCACCGGCGCCGACACCACUGUCAGCACGCUGGUGAUCAGCCGCGUGCGGCGCGCCGACUCCGGCAACUACACGUGCCAGCCCAGCAACCUGCCGCACGCCACCGUCCUGCUGCACGUGCUCAACGGCGAGCACCACGCGGCAAUGCAGGACGGGGUGAGCGCCGGCCACCCGGCCGGCCACCCGGGUCACCUGUGGCUGCUCUGCGUCGGCCUCAGCUUACUGGGCGCCAUCACCGACGCCCUGGUCACACAACCGCGGCCGGCGCGCGGCGUGGACGUCACGUGAGGGGUCGCCGCCGCCCUCGGUCACCGACAGGUGGCGCCAGCGGCGCGCGCGGACCGUGGCGGCGCGGCGGGGCCCGGUGACAGGGCGCCGCGGCCGCUAGUCUUUCGGCGCUGCUGGCGGCGCUGAGACUGUGAGUGUGCCGGUGCCGGGCCGUGCCGGGUGCGUCUGUGCCCGAGCUACAAACCGCGGGGAUCCAGGGAUCCGACAGGCACUGAGUGGUGACCGGUGGGUGUCGAACUUCAAAGGACCGCCUAGGCCGGAGGCGUCACCCAUACCGCCCAGAGGGAAAGAGAUGUGCUUCGAACGAUACACGACGGAGUAUGGUGCGCUUCGAACAGUCUCUGGAAAAAAGUGAGGUGUUUCAAACGGUGUGAGCCGCUCGAAUAGUCUUGGUUGAGUGCGACACUCUCCGCCCGGUCCCGGAGGGGGUGCGAAACUCUCCGCCCGCUCCCGGAGGGGGUGCGACACUCCGCCCGGUCCCGGAGGGUCCGAGGUGUUUCGGAGGUCGCCCAUGAGGUUCAGCGCGUGCAGCGGAGUACCUCGGAGUGGACCAGGGCGUCCAGCGCUCCCGACCGUCAACCAAUAGAGUACGAAACCGGAACCCCGCUCACGCCGGCUGGUGGUGUUGCGUGACUGGCCGGGAUGUGACACUGUCAGCUGCGAGUGACUGAUGUCGUUUGUUGUCAGUGCGCUAAACUGUGAGCUGUGGGCGAGUGAAAGUGGAAGCUGUGGUGAGUGUGAGCUGCGGAUACUGGGAGCGAUGCGUGGUCGGCAAACAACCGUUCUGUGAAUGAACUUGUUGUCGGUAGUUCUUGUACUGCAUUGUCUCAUGCAUAUUAGAUAGGUGGCUUCACAAAGAUGGAUCGUUCAGUGCGGCAGCUGGGAGAUAUCGUGAAUUCGCACAUACAGUUCAAAGGAAUACAUUCUGAUAAAAUCACUGAAACAAUCCCGUACGGAGCGCUAGCGGUAGCGUUCCACAGCACGUAUCAGUCGUACCGACAAAAACAAGUGUUUCACAUAAGGCAGCACCACGUUUAGUUGAGUUUGAGCCAAACAGAUCCCUCGUGUGCUGAUCCGGUGUGAAAUUGCCGCGCCUGUGGAGUGUUUGGGGCGCCCUGUUGAGGCCCCGCGGCUCCGGCCGGGCGCACCGGCGGCCCUCCACAUUGUUGACUGUUGGCCGCCACCUCUGCUCACAGACAGGAGGAAUGGUUCGUCAAACAUUGAGUUGUUACAUUAUCAGUAUAUACCCUUAUGUGUCCGAAGAUAAAUGUUUGUUGAAAAUACAUCGGCGAUAUUUUA